AUGGAUGCUCUUUUAAAUAAGACCUGGAAAAAAGUGACAGUUGACGGAGGUGAAUUGAAGGCCGACGAUUUGGAUAAGAUUAUGGGCAUGGACAAUUCGAAUAAAAAUUUUGUUUUUAAAAACACAAAAUUUCCAACAAACUAUAAACAUAAAAAUGCCUUCAAUUUCGCCUCCAUUGAGUAUGAUGAUGCCCUGUGGGUUCAAACUGACGACUUGCUCACUGUAACAAACAAGCAGGUCGUCAGACUUGGCCGCACAGCGUUAGAGUCACAAGAUUUGAAUUUGCUUCUGAAAACUUGGCAUAGAAGUCCACACGACAUUUUCGACAUUCUGACUAUCCGCAAUAAUACUAAUGAGCUAAAUAUGGAGGAAACUUUCAAAGAUUUAGUAACAUUGACAGUGGACUGGAGACGAAAACAUCAUCAUUCUGUGUAUUUGCGCACUGACAACUCCAAUAAUCACAGAGAUCUUCCGGAUCUUACAGUGAAUAUCAGUGGUCGCAACAUUCAAAUGAGUGCACAUAACUAUGAUGAAUGGUUGGAUGAGCCCAGGAUCUUGAAAACUUUGAUUCGGAAGAAAUCAUUGAAAGAUGAGUUGGUCACACUGGAUGAGGGGUCUGUUCGAAGAGAUGAAAUCAUCGCAGAAAUUGAGAAUGUGCUGGCACAACUUACAAUUGACCAAAUCUACUUUGAAGACGGAAAGGCUAAAACGGAAAUGACAAAACUGGCUGCAACGUACAUGAUAACAUUAUAUUAUAGAACGUUUAGGGCUCAGAGAGGAGUUUGA